GGUUGCUCACAGCAGCCACGGCGAACCAACGCCUUCAGGACCUUCCACCGGCCAUUCUGGUUCUCCUCGCAGUAGCUGCUCACAACGAGCGCUAGCUCGCAAUAUCAACCAUUUCUACUCCAAUAAUUUACAUCUGACACGAGCAUUAUGGCAACCGGUUUUCGUCAUCAAUGUUCUGCAAUUGCUUGUCUUUUCUUUAUAAAAUAUAUCUCGAUAGCUUACGCCCAAAAGCUACCCUCUAUGACCCCCGUUCCUCCAUUACAAUGGCUCAAUAUCACUGGAAUAAUACAGGGUGCUACACCAGCCGCUGUCAAAUAUUCUUCUAUCGGUUACGAUCCAGUGACGAAUAACCUUAUCAUUUUUGGUGGUGAAUCAUCUAGUGGUAUCCCAACAGACCAGACCUACCUCUUGAACCUCGGCACACUUACAUGGAAUACUCCUACGCCCCAGACAGAUCUACCCCAGAAUUCACCCCCAGCCAGGUACAUGGCUAUCAGUGGUGAAGACUUCUCAUCUAGCUAUCGACGUGCUCACUUGGUGAUGGGUGGAAGGGGGGUGACUGGGCAAGCUUUAUCAGACGUAUGGGAGUUCGAUUUCAUAAACCAAUUCUGGUCCCAAGUCAAUGUAGCGUCAAGUAGCCCACCAGCGCGCUGGGGCGCCUCUGGUGGUCGGGAUGAUACAGUGCCGCCGAAUCCUUCCACCACAAGCAACACCUUUUACAUGUCUGGUGGAACCGAUGGCACAAACAUGUAUCCCCUCUCAGAUGUUUGGGAGUUAACCGUCUCGGGAACAUUAUCCUCUAAUUUGGCGAAUAAUUACACAAGUGGCGCUUGGAGCAGCCAGACCGUUGGAACUGAAGGCUACAGCGUCAACCAGGCUUCCACUGUUAUCCAGACCUCCCUCAUCUCCGUGAGCGGCUGUAACACGACCAAUUACUCGAAUAAUUCUUGCGCCGAGGGUAACUCGUACGUCCUGGAAGCUGGGUCAAACAUGGAAAUCGCUCCUCCCUCGUGUCCCGCACCACGAUACGGAGGGGCGCUGGUUCCAAAUAUGAGUCCUUUCUCUUCCAGUUAUGCGAACCAAGCGUUCCUUUUGCUUGGGACUUUCAACUCUUCAUUGUGGGAUGAUCAAGGUGGCCUGCAGAAGGGCGAGGUAGCAGUUCUGGACAUUGGAGCAGGCGUUUGGAGCAGAAUACUGCCGGCCGGUGAUCCUGGGAAUGAUGGUGUUCAAGCAUAUCCCACACCUCGGGAGGGUGCUGUUGCGCUCUCUUAUUAUCAGGCGCUCGUCGGUGACAAUAAAGGUGUGGCUUCCGACACCAUUGUCUUCGGAGGUCAGGAUGAAUCUGGUGAAUACCUCACGGAAGUUUGGAUUUUGAGGGCCUAUAACGGAUCCAUUUCGUCCUCAAACGGCAGCUGGGGAGCUCCGGCCGGAGCUCUUUCGACAGGCGUCAGCGCCAAUGGCGCUAAUGUUACCAUUCAAUACAUCACUCAAUGCGCGGUGCAGCUCAUGUCUUCUAGUUCUACAUCGUCUGGUUCCCCAUCUACAACAACACCAACAACAAAUAAUCCCCAAUCCCAACAGUCCUACGAUGUCUCUUUCGUGCACAAACUACUGGCACCGCUUUCUUUUGCCAUUCUUCUCCCAGCCAUCCUGCUUUUACGCCUGGCUCUACCUCCGGUACAAACACAUCGUCCUACAGAUCGCAACCUUGCUCUCUUCUACCUAUCUGUUGUUGUAGCUCUGGUCGCAUAUGGUGCUGGUGUUGGCGGUCUCGUUUCAUCGUUCACGUCAAUCAGCCCCACAAUGACCAUAAUGAAACGUUCAACAUCCCGUACAGUUCUACAGACCGGACAUGGAAUCGUAGGGCUUGCAUUGUUCAUUGCACUCUAUGUGAUGGUGCCCUUUUUGUAUCUCCUUUCUCUAUGCUGCUCACGAUCGCGACCACCGAAAGAGGUCGCCGAUCGCCCGGAGGCAAUUGCAAUUAUUUCUCGCGCCAACUCCACCGACACUGCUGAGAAGCUUGCAGCAUACAAUGCUGCGCAGCACUCACAGUAUCCCCCGUCUCCACAUUCUCCUCGCACCCGUCUACAUUCCUGGGGUGGUUCGAGCUUCUGGUUAGGCCGCAGGAGUCGAGAAGGAAGAACCUCUACUGACAGCGAAUCCAUGCACUCGUCCGGGCCGCAACGAGCGUUCGAAGUUGUCAACCGCCCAGCGCGGACUCGUAGGUCCAGCACAAAUGGGCUUGCAUAUCCAAAUAUAGAUGUAUAUCAGCGCGUACCUGUUGCACCAAGGAGUUUAGGCGAUGUAGACUGGCUUGAUCGACGCCGCAGUCUGAACGCAGUGAACGAGCUCGAUCUUAUGUCUGGCCACGGUCAACGCGGCCUCAUUAAUCCAAACAGCUCCGCUCCCAAUACAGCAGAGAUGUUGAGCACUCGUGCUCUGAUGCCCGCGCCGACAUUUCCCCGCGUUACUCACGAGCUGCCUUCACUCUCUGAGAUAUGCUUUCGUGUCCUCUUCCACACACUCGUUUUCGCUCUUUGCAUUCUUUCCCUCAUCGCGCUGUGGUACGGAGCUCGUCAAGCACUCUUUGCAGUAUUCCUUCUAUGGACUGUUAUUUUUUAUUGCGCCCUUUUUACUCUUGCGUGGCAUGGUCGGCCAAGGAAAUCCAUACUGACUUCCCUGAUCGCCCGGUUUCGCGCGGAGCCUCCGCCGGCUAUUUCUCCUGGCACCCCAACCUCCCGUCCGUUGUCCGCGGCGGGCACUGACCAGUACCCUUUCCCCACCGAUACCCGUGGUCCAUACCUCCAUGAACCUCCUUACCGAGCUGCCAGGGGCCAUGAUGAUGUGUCCACGACUAUCGGCGGACCUCGCUCAGUAGAAACUGAUGAAGACGACGACAAUGUGGACGAAGAUACUAGACAGCAGCGGAUUGAGGAAGAAAUGGGUAGACGAGAAGUGUCCAUCGUCACAGUGCCCAAGCGCAGGUUGUGGAUAACGAACCCUUCAUGAGCUUGUUGAUCGACCAUUCCAUGGGCACCCGCUCUGUGUUAUUUGCGUGCGUUUCAUAGUACUACUCAUCGGCCUUCUUUUCCCCAUGCCAUCGUACCAUAACUGCAUAUUCCUUAAUCGAUACCACCAUCCAAGGAUUUGUUUGCAAUGCUCCACGGUAUUUCUCACGUAGAUCUAUUCACACGUUUUGAUCUCGACU